CUUCUCUUUUCACGGCUGCUUCCUCUUCUUCCCUUUCUACGCCCGCUCCUCCUUCUCCCAUUCUUGCUGCGCGCCUCUCCCCUCUCGCCUCUACUGCUGCUGUGUUCCGUUCUUUGUGAACUUCAACCAUGAUUAUUUCAGAGAAGAACCGUAGGGAGAUCUCCAAGUAUCUCUUUCAAGAGGGAGUCUGUUAUGCCAAGAAGGACUACAAUUUGGCCAAGCACCCAGAAAUCGAUGUGCCUAAUUUGCAGGUUAUAAAGUUGAUGCAGAGCUUCAAGUCCAAGGAAUAUGUUCGCGAGACAUUUGCUUGGAUGCAUUACUACUGGUACCUCACCAAUGAUGGCAUUGAGUUCCUCCGGACUUACCUCAAUCUUCCUUCUGAAAUUGUCCCUGCAACCUUGAAAAAACAAGCCAAGCCAGCUGGUAGGCCCUUUGGCGGACCACCUGGCGAUCGCCCACGGGGUCCACCACGUUUUGAGGGCGAGCGGAGGUUUGGUGACCGGGAUGGCUACCGUGGAGGUCCUCGUGGACCUGGUGGUGAUUUUGGUGGUGACAAGGGUGGAGCACCUGCAGACUACAGGCCUUCUUUUGGGGGUCCUGGUGGAAGGCCGGGCUUUGGCCGUGGGGCUGGUAGCUAUGGUGGAGGAGCUGCAAGCCCAAACCUUCCUUGAAAAGUAUGGUUGUACGAGCAGUUUGAUGAAUUUUCUGUGGAAAGAGUUAGCAGCUUGAUUGAAGAGUUUGUUAGCCUUUUUUAUUCUUCCUUCAUUUAGCUUAUGGGAAUCUUAUAUAUUUAAAUUUUCAUUGUGAAAAUUGAAGUUUACUGGAACUACUUGGAGUAUAAGUUUUGUUCUUCUCUAUGAACGCCCAAUUCUUAUUUAUUCCCGGUGAGCAAGAAUGAAAUUUUAUUGUCUUAGGAAUGAGAAAAAAUGGUCUCAAGCUGAUUCUUGAGCUAGAUUUAUUUUCUUUA